AUGGUGGGGAGGCUGGGACACGGCACAGGCUUCAGUGAAGAGACUCGCGUGAAUCUGGACACAGAGCUGCCGGGUCCCCAGUGCCUGCUCGACCUCCUGCAGCUGGCGACUCCUCUGCACGUCAGCUCUGCCGCGGGAUGUGAUAAGCCUGGCCACCCCUGCUCCUCUUGGGCAGAGCGGGGAAAGGACAUCCUCUUGCACGGAGGCGCUGGGCUGUCCCAGGUUUCCACGUUACCGGGAGGAGAGCGAAUCAGGACGGAGUCCGAGCUAAAGCGCAGGCCUGAAGUCCUCUCACGGCUGCUGGGGAACCUGGUGAUGAAAAAUAAGAAGGCCCAGUUCGUGAUGACCCGGAAACUUCUGUUCCUACAGUACCAGUACUCGACGCCCAUGCUGCAGAGCCUGCUGGGGUACCUGGCCAUGGACAGCCAACGGCGCCCGCUCCUCGUACAGGCACUGAAGGGGCUCCUGGAGACGUGGGGCAGCUGCAGUGCCGUCCGGCACGCACCUCUGGCGCAGCAGCGCUACGUUAGCAAGGCCGUCCUCAUCUGCUUGGCGCUCCUGGGGGAGGCGGAGCUCCAGGACAGCCGAGACGAGCUGCUGACUAGCCUGAUGGCGGGGGUGAAGAGUCGCCUGGACAGCAGCCUGCCCGUUGUGCGCCGUCUGGGCAUGAUCGUGGCCGAGGUGGCCAGUGCCCGGCUCCACCCUGAGGGGCCACCCCUGAAGUUCCAGUAUGAGGAAGACGAGCUGAGCCGUGAGAUGCUGGCCCUGGCAGCCCCCUGGCCUGCGGCCGACAGCCCUUUGGAGGCGAGCCCUGUCGUCACUCCAGAGGCUGCAGAGACCCCCGGCAGAGGGAGCGUGGACGGUGGCGUCCCCCAGGCCCUGCCGGAAGGCUCAGGCUCUGACCUGGACAGUGACGAUGAGCUUGUCCCCUAUGACAUGUCGGGGGACCAAGAGCUAAAGAAGAGCAAGGCACCCACCUACGUUCGGGACUGCGUGGAAGCCCUGACCUCGUCCGAGGAUUGGGAGCGCUGGGAGGCGGCCCUGCGGGCCCUCGAGGCGUUGGUCAUCAGGAACCCGGCUGCUGCACGCGAGGUGAGUGUGGAGCUGGCCAAGGUGCUGCUGCACCUGGAGGAGAAGACGAGCGUGGAGGGCUUUGAGGGGCUGCGCCAGAGAGCCCUUGUGGCCGUCGUGGUCACAGACCCGGCCCCGGUAGCAGAAUAUCUGACCUCGCAAUUCUACGCCCUCAACUUCAGCCUCCGACAGCGCAUGGACAUUCUGGAUGUCCUGACUCUGGCCGCCCAGGAGCUGUCUCGGCCUGGCCGCGCGCCCAAGGCCCCCCAGUGCGACCCCCGGGGCCCCGCUCCCCCGCCCGGCAGCGUCGUGGCUCCCGCCUGGCGCGCGGUUGUGGAGGAGCGGAUCAGAAACAAGACCCGGCGGUUCUCGCAGGGCUCUGCCAGGCGGGGACGGGACGCUGGCGCCAACCAGUUCAGCUCGGUGGCUGGCUACUUCUUCUUCCCACUCAUUCAGCACUUUGACAGACCGCUGGUGACCUUUGACCUUUUGGGAGAAGACCAGCUGGUUCUCGGGAGAUUGGCCCACACCUUGGGGGCCCUGAUGUACCUGGCUGUGAACACCACGGUGGCUGUGACCAUGGGCAAGGCCCUCCUGGAGUUCGUGUGGACCCUUCGCUUCCACAGUGACGCCUACGUGCGCCGGGGCCUGCUGUCCGCGGUCUCCUCCGUCCUCCUCAGUGUUCCGGCCGAGCGACUCCUGGCAGACCUGCCAGACGAGCUGCUGGAAACCCGAUCCUGGCUGGCGGGUGAGUGCCAGGCCCCCAGCUGCAUGGGCGAGGCGGGUGGUUGGAGGCUGGUGCAGUGGCCAUCGGGGCACGGGGCGGUGCAGAGGCCCCAGGACCGUCACAUCCCCCCCCGUCUGUGCACGAAAUGGUCCCUGGUGGGGGGGUGGGGACUCAGCUGUUCUUGA